AUGAAAUCUUGCGAUACAGAACCCCCUCUUGGAGUAGAUUGCCAUUACCCUGCUACCACAGCGUCUGGUUUCUCAGCCAGCGCCAUGAUUUCCCGCCGUCCUAGUGCUCUCAGCCAAGUAGACAAAUCUGAGCCAAUGUCUGCCUCCGACAUGGUCAAUACAGGCAACAUCAAUUCAACAGCGAUGACAAUACCUACUGUCUCACCCCAUCUCUCUGGCAUUGCGACGUCGACCAACGAGUCGUUCAGCUUCACCCUACUCAAAAGUGAACUCCCCGACCCCAAGCUCGAGCUCUACUACCAAUGGACUCCUACAACCACUUUCCAUCUCUUCAGCAAUCUCCCAGCCGAGCUCCGUCUGCAUAUUUGGAGACUCAGCCAGCGCGGUCGUAAGAUCUUUGCUUGGAUAGAUGAUGAUCUGAUGCUGCAAUGCCGUACAGCCGUGCCACCAGUCCUGCAGGUCAAUCAUGAGGCUCGUACCGAGAUGUUGAAACACUACACUGCUCCAGGUCACAUUCCCGGCUUUCCAUCUCGGCGGCCUGCACUGUCCCGAUUUUAUUUCGACCCUGCUAAUGAUACUGUCAUCUUCGAGGAACAUAGCUCUCCCAUGAAAUUUCAAGGAGCCACAGAAACCGGAGAAAACGCCUACGUUAGAGAGGUCCUUGACACUAUUCAGUCUGUUAUCAUUGGACCCGCAUGGUGGUAUACAAGAUGGGAAGUUUUCGAUCCAGCUGUCGCACAUCAAGUGCCGUUCGGUUCAAGAGGAGAGAGAAGACUACAGUAUUUCAAGCUGUUCUCUUCUCUACAGCGAUUGGUACUUGUUGGUGGUUGCCAUGGGCUACAGUACGACCACCAAAGAAUCCUCUGUAUAAAGAGUCUGAGUGCCAUGUUCAAGAGAUUCCGGGACGAGGGUGCAGGUCGAGGUGCCGUGGAAAUUACAGUUCUGAUGAAAUGCCAUCAGGAGGGUGCGGUGGAAUGCGACACAUGCUGGAUCGGCCUCAAUAAGGAAGAAGUUCGGGCUCAAAAUGUACUUGCCAAGAGGACAGCUCGGAAUUAA